AAUAGUAUUUCCCUUUAACCUUGACCCGAAAAAGAUACAUGUACAUUUAGUAGGUUAGUUUGACAGUUUAGAGGUGAUGCAGAAUGUCGCAAUUUAGACGAAGAAGCAGUAGUUUUUUUCGCUCUUACAAGCAGGCCGACUUGGACCAAGAUGAUUAUUGCAUGGACAGAGGGGCGACAGCAGCUGCCCAAAAUCGAUGGCAUUUCGAAUGCGCAUGGGAAGUUGCCAAUAAAGUGGGAGGAAUAUAUACUGUGAUCAAGUCCAAGGCUCCAGUGAGUAUGGAGGAAAUGGGAGAACAGUUUGCAUUGAUUGGUCCAUACAACGAGUCAUGCGUGAGGACUGAAGUUGAAUUGCUUGAACCACAUCAUCAUGUGAUGAGGGAGGUCCUUGAUGAAAUGAGAGCACAUGGAAUAAAGGUUCACUUUGGAAGAUGGCUUAUCGAUGGUUAUCCGAAGGUGGUCUUGUUUGAUAUAGGAUCAGCAGCAUGGAAGCUUGAUGAAUUUAAACACGAGUUCUGGGAGAAAAGUCACAUAGGAAUUCCACUACACGACUCCGAGUCGAAUGAUGCUCUUAUAUUAGGGAAUCUUACUGCCUGGUUUGUUACUAGUUUUCGUAACAAACUUGAAGGAAGACCAUUUGUAUUGCUACACUGUCACGAGUGGCUGGCAGGCGUGGCGUUGAUUUUGUUACGUAUGCGUAAAGUUGAAGUCGCAACAGUGUUUACAACUCACGCUACCUUGUUGGGACGGUAUUUGUGCGCGGGUAGCUUAGAUUUCUACAAUAACCUUGACAAGUUUCAACUGGAUAAGGAGGCGGGAGAUCGUCAGAUUUAUCAUAGGUACUGUAUGGAACGCGCGGCAGCACACACGUCGCAUGUGUUCACCACUGUGUCAGAAAUCACUGGCAUGGAGGCUGAACAUCUGUUGAAGAGAAAACCGGAUGUUAUCACUCCAAAUGGGUUGAACGUUAAGAAAUUCAGCGCCAUUCACGAGUUCCAAAAUCUUCAUGCUAUUUACAAGGAGAAAAUUCACGAUUUUGUAAAAGGCCAUUUCUAUGGGCAUUAUGAUUUUGACAUAGACAAGACACUGUAUGUGUUCUCUGCGGGUCGUUAUGAAUUCUCAAAUAAAGGAGCUGAUCUUUUCAUAGAGUCUCUAGCAAGACUCAAUCAUUUCCUAAAGACGGCAGGAAGUGACAUGACUGUGAUAGCAUUCCUGAUCUUCCCAGCAAGAACAAACAAUUUUAACGUAGAAUCAUUGCGAGGGCAGGCCAUCUCAAAACAGCUCCGUGAUACAGUUAGCCACAUACAGGCACAAAUAGGAAAACGAUUGUUUGAGAAGGCUUUGAGGGGCCAAAUUCCAACAGGAGAAGAUAUAUUCAUACAAGAUGACGUAGUAAAGCUAAAACGCUGUAUAUACGGUGCACAGAGAAAUACCCUACCUCCUAUUUCCACACACAAUGUCUGUGAUGACCAUAAGGAUCCUAUUUUGAAUGCACUACGAAGAUGUCAACUGUUUAACAACAGACACGAUAGAGUCAAGGUAAUAUUCCAUCCGGAGUUCUUAAACUCGACAAACCCGUUGUUUGGUUUAGAUUAUGAAGAGUUUGUGAGAGGGUGCCAUCUAGGUGUAUUCCCGUCAUACUAUGAGCCAUGGGGCUAUACACCAGCCGAAUGUACUGUAAUGGGAAUACCCAGUAUGACAAGUAAUCUGUCAGGGUUUGGUUGUUUUAUGAAGGAGUACGUAGCUGAUCCUAAAUCGUACGGUAUCUACAUUAUAGACAGAUUAAAACAAAGUGCCGAUGAUUCUGCUCAGCAACUAGCACAGUAUAUGUUUGACUUCACAUGUUUGUCUAGACGACAGAGAAUUAUUCAGAGGAACAGAACUGAACGACUUAGUGAAUUACUAGACUGGAAAAAUCUAGGAAUUUAUUACAGAAAAGCAAGGAGCAUGGCUUUACUGCGGGCCUACCCUGACGACUUUACCGAGGCUAGCUUUAUGUUAGAUGAACAAGAACGGAUGGAUAAAUCUAAAGAGAGGAAAGUAUUAUACCCUAAACCUGCCAGUGAGCCGCCUUCACCGUCACAAUCUCGAGCCUCUACGCCAGCCGUGUCAGACGACGAUGAGCAUGAACCAGUCCGGUUUGAUGACGAUGAUAACCCGACAGAUGACGAGGAAGAUCUCGAGCCGGAAGCCGAUCAACGAUCAUGAUCGUCAGACGUUUGUUUUAGUCGUAGAGAAAUACAGUAUAAAAAUAAAAAUAUUUAGAGAAUAUAAUUAUGUCGCUAUAUAUAAAAAUGAAAUUAUUUUGGAGAGCAAGUUUCAUUGUGUGUGCAUAUUUGUAUUGUGAUCUUUAUGAUGAGAUGAUUGGCUUUAUAAAUGUGUGGGCUUAGCUAAAGUAACCUGAGUGAUCUUGUAAGAUUUUUGUUGCGUGAAAUUUACUUGAAAAUUCUACGAAUGAGUUAGAAUGACUGUAGGCUUGUUUGGAAGGUGGCGAGUGAUAUAUGAACUAAAGUCAUCAAACUGCCUUUUAUGUUACAAUGAUUUAGACAGCUAUUUUUUUAAUUAGACCCCUUGUAAUUGAUCAGUGUUUUAAUCGCUUGAUUUGAACUUAUAUAAGAAAUAGAUAGGAAUAUUAGUGGUUUUGAUUUGAGCCUCGUCACGAUAAAACCAACAUAAUGCGUUUGCGACCAGCAUGGAUCCAGACCAGCCUGCGCAUCCGUGCAGUCUGAUCAGGAUCCAUGCUGUUCGCUAUCAGUUUCUCUACUUGUUAUAGGGUUUGUAAGCGAACAGCAUGGAUCCUGAUCAGACUGCGCGGAUGCGCAGGCUGGUCUGGAUACAUGCUGGUCGCAAAGGCAUUACGUUGGUUUUGUCGUGACGCGGCUCAUUUGUUUGUUUUAGCAAAAAUCAGAACAAUCAAAAAAAUCAAUUUUGUUAUUGGUAUUUAGUUGUUUUUUUGAAUGCCAGUUGCAUUUGUGGCAUUACUGUGGCUUGCUUUUAAUUUUGUGAUGUACCAGCAAUUUUUUUUACAUCUUAGUGCAUUGACUAAAAUGUGGUACUAAGUUAAUGGUUCUAUAGAACAAAGUCGUUGUACAGCUUUUAAGACUCUGACAGAAAACUUAAAGUUAGUUUUGGCCCAAUUCUUACCUUAUGUAAAAUUUUAAAAGAAACCGUCCGAAUUGUUCCUGUCUCUUUUAGACUUAAAAGAGCUUAUAUUAUAUAUGUAGGACAAAGCUCUUAUAUUCAAGAUAGACUAACUUUUCCUUGUUCACAUUUUCCUUGGAGGGCUGAUGGAGAAAUUAUUAAUAAGAAGAAAUUGCAAAUUUUGUUGAUCUUUUUUUUUAUUAGCUUAAUAGAUCACAAACGAUGUUUUACAUUCGUUCCCCUAAUAUUAUAUUUGUUGUAUUUGACCAUAGACUGGUCCACUGUUACAAAGUUUGUCUUCCAUUGUUCUAAACUUUGCCUUCUUUAUUGUGUUUUUUUUCCCCCCAGCUGCAGUCAGCAAUCAGUACCUUUUAGAAAAAAAAAGACAACAUUUAUUUUUAAAAAAAAAUCAAAAUCUAAAGGGAAUUUGCGAAAAUAAUAUUUUUCUUGAGUGUAAGACUGAAUCAUUGAGUGUUUUCAGAAGUGUGGAAAUAUAAGGCUCUUUGGUAACUGUUCAGCUGAAACUCUGCCAAGCCAAUUUUACUGCCUGAAAUGGUUAUACUUUUUCUUCAAAGAAUAAUCCAGUCUGUUCCGGUAGUCCGUGUAAGAUUUUUAUAGUCUCAACUUCAAUAGCAAAGUGGAAUUUAAUGAAAAGUGAAUUAAAUUAUGAAGGAAAAACAGUAGAGAAACUGAUAGCGAACAGCAUGGAUCCUGAUCAGACUGCGCGGAUGUGCAGGCUGGUCUGGAUCCAUGCUGGUCGCAAACGCACUAUGUUGGUUUUGUCGUAACGCAGUUCAUAUUUUAAAGCUGGAAAUAUUUUGAUUACAUAAGGAAAACAAAAUAUAGCAGUUUAAAAAGGCCAUUCUUUAUAUGAUGUAAUUUGUGUCAAACAUUAUUACUGUAAUGUUUUUGUUAUUAUUAACCUCAGUCAAGUUUAUCUAAUCCAGACUAAUAUACUGUCAUUAUUGUUUGUACGGUGUUUGUUAACUAUUACUUAUAUUGAUUUAUAUAUAUAAUACUUUUAUUUUUACGCAAUGAAACUAAUUUAGAUAACUAAAGACUUAACCUUUAAAAAGUUGUUGAUGGUUGAAUUAUAUUUUAGAUUGAAAAGUUGUAGUUAAAUGUUGAAAUGUUUGCCGUUAAGUUAAGAUUGAAGAAAUUAUAGUUUGGAUAAAAUCUAGUUAAGAUUAAAAGUUGUAGUUGAAAUGUUAGCUCUAGUUAAGAUUGAAGAAACUGUAUGUGGAUAAAAUGGAUUGUAUUUUGUUGAAAUGUUAGCUCUAGUUAAGAUUGAAUAAUUUAUAGUUGGAUAAAAUCUAUUUAAGAUUGAAAAGUUGUUGGUUGAAAUCUAGUUAAGAUUGAAAAGUUGUAGUUAAAGUUGAAAUGUUUGCUGUAUUAAGAUUGAAGUUAUAGUUGCAUAAAAUCUAGUUAAGAUUAAAAAGCUGUAGUUUGUUAAGGUUUUAGCUGUAGUUAAGAUGUUAAAGUUGUAUAAAAUCUAGUUAAAAUUUUGAAAAGUUGUACUUCAUUAAAAUCUUAUUUAAUACUGUCAUUUUGACAGUUUGGAUAUUGAAAAGCAGUUAUUUAACUCUAUGUUAAGAAUAAUUGUUCUUUUAUAAUUAUGUGAAUAUUGUUACUUGUUAAGAAUUAUAUUUUACACUUACAUUUUAGUGCUGAGCAUAAUGGGGUUUUUUUUGUGUGUUUCUUUUUCCUCUUUUUGUGAAUUCUCUUCCAGAAAAUGAUGUCAUUGAAAGAAAUGAUGUCAGAUUCUGGUAAAUGUGUAUAAAAUAUAUAAAAAUGUUUACCUUCCUAUUCCUCACUGCUGUUUUCAAUUUGACCAGACCCUUACUGAAGUUUGGUCUAUUUCUAUCAGUUUCAAGUUUUUAGACAUUUAACAAAUUUGUCAGAGCAGUCUCACUAGAAAAGGGUCAGGUCAAUCAAUAUUCAUAAAUUUAGAGACUGACCUGGGUCUAUACAGGUCAGGUGUCUUCUUUUAAGGGUACUAGUAGUGCUGUUAGAGCUUGGAGAUUUAACAAUAGGACGACGCUCUCUUAUUUAUGAUCAAUGUUUGAUGAUAAGCAUUACAUUUACAUUGUUAAUUGGAUUAUUAAAUUGUUAUGAUUGUUAUAAUAAGAGUAAUAAUUAAGUAUAAUGAUGAUUAUAAUAAUAAUACAAGUUUGACCACAGCUUCUUUACACAAUUUGCUAUGCAAUUAUAUUAUGUAAUUAAUGUAAUCAAGAUUUUUUUUGUUUGUUUUGUAACUCAGAUUUGUAUUUUGAGCUCCAGUACGACCUUUCACUAAAAAGUUUUAUGCAUAUUCAUUAAUUGGCAUUAUUAUGUAUAUUCAUUAACAAGCAGUAUUAUGCAUAUUCAUUAAUGAGUAGUGCUUUACAUAUUCAUAAAUGAUGUGAAUGAUGCAUAUUCAUUGAUGAACGUUAGUAUAUAUAACUAUUCAUUAAUGCAUAUUCAUUAAUGAGCAUGAGUGUUUUAUAUAUUCAUAAGUGAGAGAAUGAUGCAUAUUCAUUUAUGAACAAUAAUAUAUACAUGACUAUUCAUUUAUGAUCAUUACAAUGCAUAUUCAAUAAAUAAGCAGUUACAUGCAUAUUCAUUAAUGCAUUUGCAUUUUCAGUAAUGAGAAAUAAUGUUAUUUGAAUUUACAGUGGGUUGAUCAAUUGUUGCCCUUAUGCAGAUUAUGUACACAUUUUUAUGUUAGCCUUUCACCUCCUGAAACAGAAAUUUACUAGCCUUUGACACCAGUAUAGAGCCAGGGUGCUUGUACAUGCUUGCAAUCUGGCCAAACUCUAUACUUUUAAUAUUUUGAUAUUGAAAUCCCUAAAAACACUGAAUUGACUAUUCCAAAUUCAAAGCAGGGCAAAUCCAUUUCACAAAUUCAGCUGGUGAAGGGUUAAUAACUUACUUGUAAGCUUUAUAGUGAAAGGUCAUUCAGGAACUUGACUUCACAAGUUGUUAAGGAUUUUUUGGAAGGUGGAAAGUCGUAUAAAUACAUUGUUUUGAAAUGAGUAUAACUGACUUACUGACAUAACCUGAUCUUUAUUUUGUGUAAUCUUAGCUUGUCUAUUGCAGAGAAAAAGUUGAGCUAAUAUGAUGGCUAAGUUGUCAUUGCAAAAAUUAAAUGCACCCCAUUCAUCUUUGAAGAUAUGUUUAUCAUGACAUUGUGCAGUUUGUAAACAAGGGGCAUUAUUCUGAAAGCUAUAUCUUUAGAGUUAAGCCCCUUUUUGUAUCAAAAAUGUUUAUGAAAAGUUGUUGCCCUUUAACACUGACCAGCAUUAAUACUGUAUGCUGUACUCUUGCUUUUACUUCACAAUAUAUUGAUAAUGUAUUGUCAGUCAAUAAAAUCGAAGCAUUUCUAAUCAAUGUAUUUAUAUACCUGUCUUCUGCCUUAUUAUCUAAAAAUAUCUAUACUUUUCUGUUGUUUUUUUUUCAUUGUUCUUUUUUUCUGCAUUUAAGUGCUAAUGUUUUAUACUUAACCUUGUGUUUUAUAAUCCUUUCUUUUCAGGUUUAUGGUAUAAGAGCUUUAUAUCAUAAUUGUUGUUUUUAUUUUGUUAUUGUUAACUAAGAGUUUUUGUGUGUUUUUUUCCAUCCAACGAAAGGAAAAUUUUUGGUGCAAAAAUGAUUCGAGACAUGCUUUAGAUCUACUUUAUAAAUUUAUUUUCGAUCUUUAUUUGUUGACCAGUAUUAUUUUGUUCUAUGGACAUUUUUCUUGUUUUCCUUCUUUCUAAAUCAAAGGGUGGUCACUAUUAUAUUCUCUCCCUCAUACUUUACUUUUACAGUGUUUUAUUUGUUUUAAUGAUUUUUUUCUUCUCUUGCUUUGUUGCUUUGAAGUUUUGAAUUGGUCAUUUGUUAAUUGAACAGAAUUCUUAUAAGAAGUGAUUGCAGUCAACUGUACAGUAUCAUUCUGACCAGAGACUGCAUGAACGUGCAGGUUGGCUCGGCUCUAUACUAGUGUGGCAAACGUAGAAUGGCUGGGACUCUACUUGCAUUUUAAUUUGCUGGUUAUUUCCAAUUCUUAGAAUGUCUGGGACUCUAAUUGCUUUUUUAAUGUGCUGCGUAUUUUUCAACUACUUAAAUCUGAAAUACAAUGUAUAUAGUAAAAGCUCGAGAUCAAUAUAAUUUUGAAUUAUGUUAUUGACAUGUUACAUGCAUACCAUAGUGACACAAAAUUUUAUGUAAGAUGAGAGAAUGUGACUUCUAUUCUACAUUCAUUUGUUAGGAAAAAUUCAAAUUUAAAGCAGCCUUCCUGCAGAUUUUCUUAAUUAAGAUUAAAACAACCUGUGUGUAGGUUAUGUUUAUUUAAAUUAAGGCAGCCUGUCUGUAGAUUAUCUUGUUUUAACUUAAAGCAAUCUAACUGAAGAUUAUCAGAAUUAAAUUAAAGCAACCUGCCUGCAGAUGAUUUUAAUUAUAUUUAAAGCAGCCUGCCUGUAGAUAAUCUUAAUUUAACUGAAAGCAGCCUUCCUACAGGUUAUCUUACAGUAUUUCAAUUUGAGAAGCCUACUUGAAGAUGAUUUUGAAAAUUGAAACUUUUACUAAGUCUUAAAAACCUUAUUUCAAAAAUUAAGAAUCUAAAGGGGAGGAAAAUGACAGUUCAGAAUUAUUUAAAAGAAUAUUUGGAUAAAUCUUGUAAAAUAUUCUAGGUAAAAUGGAUGUGGUCAAUUUUAAAAAAGAAUUUAACAGCAUGUCUAUUUUUGACAAAUUAUUUUCUACUAUGUUUGUUCUCCUAAAUAAGAAUUUUUGUAACAAUGGUGUUGGAUAUAUAUACCUGUAUGUACACAAAAUGUUUGUUUUGCCAUUUUUAGUCGAGUUAGUGGUGUUGUACUCACCUUGACUACGUGGUCACACUAGUUAAGUUUUCGCACACAAGUUGGUAUCACCAAAACUUCUAAAGGGAAUGGGUUGAAACUUCACCGUGAGUGAUAUAUCUUUCGUGACAGGCACAGGUCCUAUAACUAUUGAGUUAUUAUUUCACAGAGUUAUGCCCCUUUUCUAACUGUCUAUGUACAGAGAAUAGUCAAGCACGCUGUCUUACGGACAGCUCCUAUUUUGUUG